AUGCUGGACAGAGAUAUUAAGAAAUUUCCAGAUGUUCAAAUCUUCCAGUACCUUCAAAGUAACUCUUGUCACUGUAGUCACAUACUCAUGUUAAUGGAUCUGUACAAGACCAAGCUUCCUGUGUCUCAUGAUGCUUUUCAGACCACUCAGUGGAGAUGGAUUUCUGGGAUCUUAGGAGUAAUAUGCCUUUCGUUGGUGGCUAUUUUGGGAAUUGUGUUGAAAACCCAUGUGUAUAAACCAAGUAGUGAGCCAACAGUUUCUCCAAGAACCACCACUGAAUUCCAGGAAGACUCUGGAAACAGUUCUUGCCAAGAAAAAUGGGUUGGCUAUCGGUGUACCUGUUACUUUAUUUCCCAUGAAUCGAAAACUUGGGAAGAAAGUAGACAUUUCUGUGCUUCAAGGAAUUCUGCUCUACUUCAGAUGCACAACAAAGAUGAAUUGAACUUUAUGAAAUUCAGUGGAGACUAUUUCUGGCUUGGAAUCACCUACAGUGAAAAACACCGUGACUGGGUGUGGGAGAAUGGCUCUAAAAUCUCCCCGGAUCUGUUGUCAAUAUCUCAUAUUGCAGAACAAAAUUAUUGCAUAGCAUACAGGCCAAGUGGCAGUACUUUGAGAGAUCGCUGCACAGAGAAAAACUUUUAUAUCUGUAAACAACAACUGAUUUAG